CAUGUUCAGGCGUGUUCCAGAGAAAUGGACAGAGACCUCUCUGAACACCUAUUAUUUCACAACAUUAUUACAAGCAACCUAUGGCCACUGCUGGUAGCCAUAGCAGUUGCAGGUGAUACUGAAAUGGUAUGUCCUGGUCUGGAAAUGACAGUCCUGCAUCCUCAAUGCAUCAAUGACAGAAAUAUUUGUCCUCAGAACAGCACAUGGGAGCCAAGAUCCAAAGUUUGUGACAUGUGUGAUGGCUGCACAACUUACCUACAACAAGGUGAUGAGUGUGAACCAAAUGGCAUUAUGUCCUGCAAGCCAGGAUAUGAAUGUGAUGUACAGCAACUCAUAUGUGUGGCUAAAUCGUGUUCCUGCCAGUACAAAUUUGAUAUCAACUACUACAAUUCCUGGAGACCAAGGUGUGAUGGAUAUGACUAUGGACCUGUACAGUGCAAAGGGGAGAAGCCCACUGGCAGGUGCUUCUGUUUUGAUAAGAAGGGGAAGAGAAUAUUUGGAGAACAGCUAUGGUCUAAAGCAGAAAACAUGACAUGCGCAUGCAGCCGUCGAGUGCUGGAAUUGCAGGAACAGGGUCGGAUAGAUGUGACAUUGCAUUGUAAUGAACAAGGUAACUAUGACGAGUUGCAAUGUGACGAUGGGAUGUGCUGGUGUGCAGAAGAAAGGACUGGCACACCAAUCUCUCGCAUCCUGCCUGAGAAUAUGAUGACAAUGCUACCAUGUUAUGACAAGGAACUCACUGGGUCAGGAUAUCUGCGGCAGUGUGAGAGUUUGUUAUUUGCCCAGAAGAAAAUAGAGAUUGAGAUGGCAGCACAUAAUUCAAUAAACCCAAACUUCCCUCACACAAACUGUGAGUUGGAUGGAAGCUAUGGUGCAGUGCAGCAGGAUGGAAACCAAUUCUAUUGUGGAUGGAAAGACAAGAGCAGAAUUAAUGGCUAUGCUGCUGAGGUGAAGGAUGCAGCUGCCAUGAACUGCAGAUGUGCUCGGGACAAUAAAAUGUAUGGCAGUGCAAAUCAAUGCCUGGGCAAUGGCAACUACAAUCCUGAACAGUAUACUAACAAUGGCACCAGGUACUGCAUAGAUGCAGAUGGCUUCCUUGAUGAUAAAGCAUGUCCUGAUUCACCUGUCCAGUGCUAAUGAAAGAAGAAUUCUCUACAGCUGAAUACACAAAGCAACCAAAGGCAUUCAGUAUUACAUAAUUCCAGUGUUUUCAAAGUUGUAUUCAGACGAACAUAAAAGGUUAGAUGAAUGUCUUCAAAUAUUUUGUUAAAUUGUUCAGAUCAACAGACAUUUU